UCUAUUUCCUGUUCUCAGGCUGCCUGAUUGGCUUAAUGAUGACAAACACAAACCGGAAUCAGAUGACGGAGAGGAUCCUGGAUCUGACCCUGGAGGUCAACUACCUGCUGACUGGAGAGGUGAGGGAUUCUGGGAACAUCACAGCAACUACACACUUUUAUCCUGUGCGUUUGCAUGGAUUUGAGACUUACCGUAUAUACUAGAGUAUAAGCCGACCCGAAUAUAAGCCGAGGCCCCUAAUUUUAUCCCAAAAAAGUGGGAAAACGUAUUGACUCGAGUAUAAGACUAGGGUGGGAAAUGCAGCAGCUACUGGUAAAUUUCUAAAUAAAAUUAGAUACUAAAAAAAUUAUAUUAAUUGAAUAUUUAUUUGCAGUGUGUGUAUGAGUGUAGUGUGUGUGUGUAUGGGUGCAGUGUGUGUGUAUGUGAUGCAGUGUGUCAUUUAUUAUUAUUUUAAUUUUUUUUGUUAUUUUUUUUUAUUUUUUUUAUUAUUUAUAUUUAUAUAUUAUUAAUUUAUUUAUUUUUCGUCCCUCCCUCCCUGCUUGAUACAUGGCAGGGAGGGGGGCUCUCCUUCCCUGGUGGUCCAGUGGCAUUGGCAGUUCAGUGGGGGGAAGAGAGGGGCUGGCAGCGAGUGCUUACUGCUCCUGUCAGCUCUCUCCUCCUCCGCGCCGGUCCGUGCAGCUCUUCUGUCAGCUCACACUGUAAGUCUCGCGAGAGCCGCACUAUGACCCCGUGGCUCUCGCGAGACUUACACUGGGAGCUGACCGGACCGGCGUGGAGGAGGAGAGAGCUGCAGGAGAGGUAAGCGCUCGCUGCCAGCCCCCAGUCUGUAUUAUGGCAAUGUAAAUUGCCAUAAUCCAGACAGUGACUCGAGUAUAAGCCGAGUUGGGGUUUUUCAGCACAAAAAAAUGUGCUGAAAAACUCGGCUUAUACUCAAGUAUAUACGGUAUUAUGAGAGAGAUUUGUAAAGUAGGUACUGGGUAGAUAUUUAAUAAACAUGUGAUUAAUAAAUCUAUUAUAGUAGCCAGGUAGACCAUGUGUGAAUGUAGAAAUAAAACAUAUAAGAUUGUGGGUCAUUAGCAGUGCUGGGUUGCCCUACUGAGAUUUUUUAAAGUUUGGUCAUGGUAUAAAUGGGGGGAUUAUGAUGAUUAUAAGACAUGAUUAUAAACAGGUUGCCUAGCAUAGCAUUUCUCAACCCUGUGCACUAUACAGGACUUUAUGAUGGAGAAGGCCAACAUCGCACACACAGACAGGGGUAGCAGUGACAGAGGUGGGUGAUAGAAGCACAUACAGGCAGGAUUAAGAGGAUUCCCUUCCAGGAAAAAAUGAAACAACUUUAUAAAUAACUCCAAGGUAACAAAGUGACGUUCUGUGUAACGAGUGAAGUAUAGGCUUAUAGGAGAGAUAUUUUAAUACAUGUUUCUUUAUGUGUAGGAUUACAUUGUUAUGAAGAAAUCUGACGAUCCUACAAUACAGAGAAGCAGUCCCUGUGUGUUAAGAGGAUCCUGCAAGACCCAGAUCUCCAGCAUGGUGUGUCCACCUCGCUCACUGAUACAUGAGGGAAACAAUGAGCAGAACAUCCUGGAACUGACCAAUCAGAUCAUCCACCUGCUGACUGGAGAGGUGAGGCUGCUGGGAAUGGGACAUCAUAGAGUAAAACCAAGGGAUGUGUGUGGAUGGUGACUGGAUAAAGAUGUUGGGAUCUCAAUGUCUGUUAUUUCUUGUAGGUUUGGAAGCAUUUAAAAGGGCAAAAUGAAACUUACAAGGAAGUGAUGGAGAGUCACCAAUCCCUCAUCUCCUUGGGUGAGACAAAGUUUAAUAAACAUUGUGUUUGGUUAUAGAGCAGAUAUUAUUAACUUAUAUCAUCAAACACCCGGUACACAGUGUGAUAUCUGUACAGUUAUUACAGUUAUUUUGUAAGCUGCAGGAACAAAAUUAUUUGGUUUAUUAUCUUUUAUAUGGAUCACAGAGAUGAUGUUAUACAAGCCGCAUGUGGUGGCCACUGAAUGUUUGCAAUUCCUCCCCUCCAGUUAGGAUGUUCUCUGAAGUCACUGGGAAUUCUCAUGGAUUUAGCUACUAAUUCAGUCAUAGGGUAUUCUUCCUGGACAGUGCUGCAUGUUUCAGGAAAGUUGAGGCCUACUGGACUAGAAGCCAUCCUGGUUUAUCCAGCCUCUACAAGUUCUUCUGCAUUCUAGGUAGAAAUUCACUUUGUAAAUCAAUGAAGACUUGCCACGGCAAUAGAUAAGUAGUACAAUAAUAUUAAUGGAUUGCUUGUGGAUAAGAAAUAGAGAUCUUUUCAAAUUGAACCAUUCUAAUCUGAGAUUAUGACUUUAGAAUUCUCUGAUAAUAAUGCUCCUUCUGAUCAUCUGCCCGGUGGCAUUUACAUAAGUACAUGAAAAAAGUGACUAAGGCCCAUCAAGUUCAACCCUGAAGCUUUUAUGCUGUUGAUCCGAAUUAAGGCAAAAAAAACAAAACAAGUGUAGCUUUUUCCAAUUAUGCCACAAAGAGGGGAAAAAAAUCCUUCCUGAAUCCUGACUGUAAUGGCAAUCAGAAUUCUACUUGAAUCAACAACCUGUUUACAUAUAUGUCAGUUAUAUCCUUGAAUAUUCUGUUUAUGCAAAAGCAGCAUUCAAGACAACUUUAGAAUCUAAUAACACAACCUCUUAUAACUAAUGUUUUCCAUCCCCCUUACUAGUUUUUUAUGUACAAAAGCACCUUAGUAGCUUAUGCAAUGGCAGACAUGCAUUCCUAGUUUGUGAUCUGUAAUGGUUCUUAAGUCCUUUUCAUUUAUGUUAUCCCUAACUCAACACCAUUUAAUGUAUAAGUGGCAUUGGGGGUUCCGUAUUCCAAAAUGCAUUAAUAUAAUGGGUUUCUCCAACACUUUUUUUCUUUGAAUAAUGUACUAUUGACAUUAUUCUUUAACCCCCUUCCCUAUACUCAAUAAAACAUUUUAAGGGUGAGUGGCCUGAUGCUUGAAUCGCAGGGACGCUUCUCUUUAGCGCUUCCGAGGUACAAGCUGCAAGGGGCGCAAAUAAUUGAUAAACAGAGCAACCUACCGACGCUGCUUCAGCCCACCGCUGCAAACAUGUCCCAGAGACAGAAAGCAAAGCAGACAAAGGCGAAUAAAGCGACCUUCUUUCUGGCAAAAACUGCAACACAGAAGAGCAGAUAAGGCCCUGGCGCAUCCCAAGAUGGGGGCGAGGGCUAUAUCUCGCAGACAGCCUCUCUUGAACUGUUUCAAGAGGACAACCCGGUGACAGAAUCCCAAAUGCAGGGCAUUAUAGCAGAAUUUUUGACUACAAUGCAGGCAAAAUAUCACAGCCAAACUACGAACAUUAUCUGCAUACCUCCGCAAGGAGAUACAGGAAAAAAGCCAGAGAACCUCCCACAUGGAGAACAAGCUGGGGGAAUUUGCAGGGGCUCAUAACCGCUUGGCUGACAAGCUAAAGGAGAUAGAGGAAAUAAUAACAACACAAACUCUGAAAAUCACAGACAUGGAAGACCAGUCUUGCUCUUGGCGCUCAUCCAGUUAAGUCCUGUGUUAAAUAUAGCGUAAAGGGGUACCCAAUAGGCAAAGCCCAAAACAAUAAAGCGCUGUUAAAAUUAACUGUGCUAGGCUUUCCAACAGUAAAUAGCUCGGUAUGAGUAGGACAGUUAGCUUAAAGAUCUCGAGAGUCACUUAGCCCACGUCAGCUGCUGGUAUGCCACUGUCCCCCAAAGUGGCUCUGUGCAUUGGCCAUCCGCUCCCGCCAUGCUGCUCAGGGUCUCAGGACUCUUCUGCCUGCAGUCGUCUACGUCACUGAGUGGUGAGUACCUGGAGUCGGUAGCCUUGCUUGAGGUUACGACCCCCUGUGUCCUCAGGGCCAAGGGCUGAGCUUGUCUUGGGUCGACGUCUGUGCCAUUGCGGUGCUGUUUCCCACCUCUCCACUCGGCCGGCUUCGGUCUGCCUCUGCUCUCUGCCGGUCUCCGUUGGCAUGACCCCCUGAAAGCCCCUCGCUGGUGCUGGUUACGUGCUGGUGUGCGGUUAAGGGGGGGGGGUGCUUGGUCAUACUUGUCGGGACCCGAGGUAUGUCAUUGGGUUGGGUCAUUGACACUGGCGGUAGAGGUUGCAUGCGGGCCUCCCAUUGCACCCAGAAGGCGGGGAAGAUUUUGUUCAGCCGACUUUCCGUUUCGAGCCAUGCACCUAGUGGGUCGGAGGUGAUGAAGGCCAUUUUGGGAGUUUCUCCGGUUGUAUGUUCAGGGCCUCGAGCAGAGUCAGAGGUCUCCCUGUUGUGCUUGGGGAACGUGUGGAGAUGGACAUGGAUAUCCCCCCGCCGGCCCAGAGGGGGGUUGCGCGCAGGCCCAAGGUUAUAGUUACUGCUUGUCUCGGCGGUAGGAUAGCGGCCGCCUCUCCCGCGCCUAUCACGCUUGUAGGCCUCAUGCACAUGUCGGGUGCGCAUCAAUUGAAGCGACUCAUUUAAGGUAUCAUUUUGUUCCCUUCGAUGUCGUCAAUUGCUUCGUGACCUAGUUUCAUUUUAUUGCCGUUUUGUGGGCGAAAUGUUGCUUUAUUUCCCUUGUUUGGCAGGAGCUGGGGAGGCCAACGUCCUGCUCUGGGGUUAGGCCACGCCCCCUCCUGUUAUCAAUUUUCUAGCUCGUCUCUGCACUUUUUCUAGUGCCGUGAUAUCCUUCUUUAGAACAUGUGCCCAAAAUUGCACAGCAUAUUCAAGAUGUGGUCUUACCAGCUGUUUAUAAAGAGGCAAAAUUAUAUUUUCAUCCCGAGAAUUUAUGCCCCUAUUUAUACUUGACAAAUUCAUACUGGCCUUGGCAACUGCAGAUUGACAUUGCAUAUUGCUGCCUAAUUUGUUGUCUAUAACAAUUCCCAAAUCCUUCUCGUGUGUGGUUAUCCCCAGUUCACUACCAUUUAUAGUGUAAGUUGCAUGUGCAUUCUUAACCUCGAAGUGCAUAACUUUGCAUUUCUCUACGUUAAAUUUAAUCUGUCAUUUUAGUGCCCAGUCCCCCAAUCUAUCCAAAUCCCUCUGCAGCAAAGUAAUAUCCUUCUCACAUUUUAUUACUUUACAAAGUUUUGUCAUCUGCAAACACUGAUACAUAGCUUUCAAUGCCUAUUUCAAGAUCAUUUAUAACUAUGUUAAAUAGAAGCAGUCCCAAAACAGAACCCUGAAGGACAACACUUACCACUUUUGUCCAGCCUGAAAAUUUACCAUAAAUGACAACUCGUUGAACUCUAUCCUUAAGCCAAUGUUCUACCCAAGAACAAGAAUAUUCUUCUAGACCAAUUUCUUUUAGUUUGAAGACUAACCUAUUGUGUGGAACCGUAUCAGUUGCCUUGGCAAAAUCCAUGUAGAUCAAAUCCACUGCAACACCCUGAUCUAUACUUUUACUUAUUUCUUCGUAGAAUGUAAUUAGGUUAGUUUGACAUGACCUAUGUUUUAUAAAACCAUACUGAUUAUUGCUAAUAACAAAGUUCUUCCCAAUGAAUUCCUGAAUAUUAUCCCUUAAAAGCGCUUCAAAUAUUUUCCCAGUCACAUAAGUUAAGUUCACAAGUCUAUAAUUUCCAGGCAAGGAUUCUGAAUCCUUUUUAAAUAUAGGAACAACAUCUGCCUUCCUCCAAUCCUCCGGUACAACACCUGAAACAAAAGAAUCUUAGCUCCUUAAGUACUAGUGGGUGAAUACCGUUAGGCCCCGGAGCUUUAUUUAAAUUAAUUUUCUUUAACUGCUGUAGCACCUUGUCUCGAGUCAUCCAAUCACAGGUUAUCUGCAAGUUCUUUGCAGCAAUCAUUUGCAUAUCUCUUGCCAUAGGAUCCUCAUUAAUAUAUACUGAAGAAAGUUAUUUAAAAUUUCUGCUUUUUCCUGGUCUUCAUUAGGUAACAAACCCAUCUCUGUUUCCAAUGUACCUACACUCAUUAUUUUUAAUUUUCUUUUUUAGAAUUGAUGUACUUGAAAAAAAUUUAGGGUUAAUUUUGCAUUCUUUGGCUAUCAAUCUCUCAUUUUCUAGUUUAGCCAAUUUAAUUGCCUUUUUGCAAGCAUUAUUGGCUUCCUUAUAUAGGAUACCUCUGAUUUUUCCCAUUUUAAAUGCGUUAAAUGCCCUUUUCUUAUUUUUAAUCUAGUUUUACUUCUCUACUAAGCCACAUUGGUUUCAAUUUGUUUUUUAUAUUUAUUACCCAAUGGGACAUACUGAGAAAUUUACCUCUCUAAUAUUUGUUUGAAUAGUUUCCAUUUAUUCUCAGUGUUUUUAUCACUAAGGAGUUUAUUCAAGUCAGUAUGUUGCCCUAAUGUUAUUGAAAUUGUUUUUUUUUUUUAUUUAUACGUUUUAGUAUAACCCACGUGCUUUGUUUUUUUGAGUUUAUUUAAAAAAUACCAUAUUGUAAUCACUAUUUCCCAAAUGCUCCCCUACUUGAAUGUUGGUCAAAAGUUCAACAUUGUUUGUUUUAACGAGAUUCAGACAAGCAUCCUUUCUAGUUGGUGCUUGUACCAGUUGUGACAUAAAUGUGUCCCUUAAAACAUUCAAAAACCUGAUUCCCCUUGCUGAAGCACUAGUCACUCUAUCCCAAUAUAUGUCCGGGUAAUUAGAAUCUCCAGUAAUUAACAUAUUACCCCGAUUUGCAGCUUUCCCAAUUUGCUCUGACAGCUGUUCUUCCUCAUUAAUAUUUACAUUAGGUGGUUUAUAACCUAUCCCAAUCAAUAAUUGAUUUCUCUUUGAUUGCCCCAAGCAGAUUCCACAUUUUCCUAGUCACACUCCACAUGCCUGAGAUUUGACUUUAACUCAUGGUUGACAUACAAACGUACCCCACCACCCUUCUUGUUUUUCCUGUCCUAAAUAACGUGUACCCAUUUAAGUUAACUGCCCAGUCAUGUGUCUCAUCCCACCAUGUUUCUGUUAUGCCUAUUAUAUCAAUCAUAUUGUUUAGUGUAUACCAUUGCCUCUAGUUCCCCCAUUUUGUUAUAUAGGCUCCUUGCACAGCAGACCCUCUUCCGUUUAGUGGCAAGCAAUCACAACUAUACAGGUUGUAUCCAAGCGCAAAAUCUGCCCAGUGCUCUAAAAACCCCAAACCCACUUUCCUGCACCAAGACUUCAGCCAUGCAUUGACCUCUCUAAUCUCCUGCUGCCUUUCUGCUGUAGUGCGCGGCACAGGUAAUAUUUCUGAAAGUAUUACCUUGGAGGCCCUUUCUUUAGCUUACUUCCUAGUUCCCUGAACUCAUUCUUUAGGACCUUCCAUUUUCCUCUGACUUUGUCAUUGGUACAAAUAUGGACCAUAUGGCUGGGUCAUCCCAAUAAUCCCUCCACUCUGUUGGGAACAUGCCAUGCUACUAUAAAUCACAAAACAGCAAGAGUCCCUACCCCGAUUAAUGGAUCUAAGCCAACAGUAUGGAACAGUUUCCUGCUAUUUUUUUAACACCACUAAAACGUAGGCUAUGUGUGUAGGUAUUCCCACAACAGUUAGCGAGUCUCUCCAACAAACGUACUCUUUUGAAUGGCAGACGAUUAGUAUAAAAUAUCUCGGAAUUGUGUUCACAAAAAUCCUGUAUUUCACAAACUAUAUUAAAUUGUGGAACGACUGUAGGCACCUGCUCCAUAGGUGGACACCUCUGUUCCUCACAUGGGUGGAGAGAGUAGCUGCUUUUAAGAUGUCCAUUCUACCACGGUUGCAAUACCUCUUCUGUACAUUACCAAUUCCUCUCCCAAACGCUUCUUUCAAACAGAACUGAACAAAUUUAUUUUGGCUGGUGGGAGACCACAGUUGGCAACAAAACUACUGCAAGCUCCUACGUUGCAAGGAGGUCUCACUACAAUGUACACCAAUACUACCAUGCAUCACCCCCAGUGGGCUCAGUUAGAACAACACAGCAUACUACAUAGUCACGAGGUCCACAAUCUCAUCUGGCUCCCUAAACAUUUGCUCCUAGCCACUUCCACAUCUCACUCUCGAUUGCCUUGACACUCCAGGUUUGGGAGAAAAACAGAUGUCUGCUAAUGCCCCUCUGUCACUAGCGACCCCCAUAGCAGCACUACCGUACUGGGUCCCAACGUUCAAUGCAAAACCUUGGUUGGAAAGGAAAGUAACUCACCUAUACCACUUGUAUGAGUAACGGAGUUAUUGGAUUAUCAAACCUUAACAUUAAGGUAUAACCUCCUCCCGGGGGGCGUGGCCUGACUCUGCAUGUGAACGGUCGCAUCUCUGCGAAGCUCCCGUUCCUCUGUGCAUAUUAAAGCCGCCAUGCGACAGAUUGGUAGAAAGAUGGGCAACAAAAAGAAGCAACCAACCUCCCAAGACACCCCAGGUCCCGGUUCCAGCAAAAAAAACGGGGAUCUCGACCGAUUUAUUUAUUUUUUUUAAUUUAUUUAUUUUUUAUUUAUUUUUUUUAGAGACAAGGUGAGAGUGCUAGCGGAGCCUGACACAGAGGCGCCGCCAUCUUCGCCACGUGUCUCCCCGCCGGCGAGCCCAGCAAGCUCCGACUCUCUCUUUCCGUCUGGAAACGCAACACUCUAGGAGAUGCUGCAAAACCUACCUUCAAAAUAGGACAUGGCCUCCAUGCUGGCAAAGCUGGAAACCUCCAUGCAGGAAAGACUGUCCUCCAUCACCACAGAGGUAUGCCAGAUAGGGCUCCGGGUGGGAGACCUAGAAGGGGACAGAGACAACAUACAACUCAGACUGCACAAUAUAGAACAGAGGUAGGAUGCACACGAAUCCAAACUGGUACAGAUUAUACGCCACACAGAAGACCUCGACAACUGUGGCAGGAGAAAUAACCUCCGUGUCAGAGGGGUACCGGAGGCACAAGGGGAAUUAGAAAAUAUUAAGGAUAUUCUCCAGGCCCUAUUUAACAACAUACUGAAACGCGCCCCAGAUACCCCGAUAUUGAUGGACAGGGCGCACAGGGCUGCGAGACCCAGGGGAUUGCCACAAGAGACCCCCAGGGACAUAGUAUGCAGAAUCCACUACUAUACCCUAAAAGAGGACAUACUGAAGCAGGCAAGAAACUCACCGGCCUUAACCAUGUUUGCUACACAAAUCCAGAUACUACCAGACCUGGCAUGGCAAACUCUCCAGGGGAGGAGGGCCCUGAAGCCUAUUGUCCAAGCUUUACAUGCCAAAGAAAUUCGCUACCGCUGGGGUUACCCUUUCUCACUAACCGCCUCACACCAAGGAGUGCAGCACAGCAUCGCAACAAUACAAGAUGUGCCAGAUUUCAUAAAGGCAUUUGAUCUUCCACAAAUGGAGGUCCAGGACUGGUAUGACCCCUGGUCACAAGCAGCUAUACAAGCCCUACCACAGCGAUCCCGAUGGAGAGGUACAGCGGAGAGGAGAAGGACACCCGGGAAAAGGCUUCCCUUCACACCAGCUUCCAGACCAAGGGCAGCGGGACGAGACACUUGAAUUGGACACUCUACACCCUGACCUCACGAACUAUCUCUUACUCAGCCACUUAGACACCCACCAAAGGAGAGACUUAUCUCACCCCAGAGACUUUUUCAUUUCCCUGGAUGGAUGACCCAAGACCAGGAUAGGGACUUAAUACAAACUCGAGUGGAACAGCAUCGGAUGGCGCAUACACCUGAAGGCGCAAGUAUUAUAUCCUGCACCAGAUAUUGUAAUGUGGGAAAUGGGCACACAUAGUCCACCACACAUUAAUGCUGGGCGACCAAUAUGGGACUGAAUUUCCUAGGAAAGGGGGGGGUCGGGUUCAAAAGGGGAAGAACAGAGGGGUAAGGGGGGGACAAACUUUCUUCUAUUUCUGUUACUUCAAAAAAAAUAAAAAAAAUUAAUAGUAAUAAUAAUCAAAAUGAUUUAGAAGCAAAGUUCAGUUAAACUCUGGGAGAACCCUACCAGGACAACGCCUACACACUGAGGGAGAUUGUUAAGCUCGGUAAGGGUAAAGGGGAGGAAGCAUUUAUAUUUCUUAAUACCAUAGCAUAAGAGAAAUAAUGCUUCCUUAAUGUACAUAUUAUGCAAAUUGCUCAUUCAUGCUAAAUAAUAAAAAAAAUAAAAAAUAUAUAAUACCAACACCUACAUGGAAGAGCAGCUGUACUCAGAAGAAAUACUUGACAAGGAUAAUCAACAUUAGACCCAAAUGCAUUACUUACGGCGCCUGGCGGCGCUAAAACAUAAGUGUAAUUAUGAACGGUUGCAGAGAACCGUAACACAAACUAACAUACCAACGGGAAAAACACGACUGGAAGCCACAAUCCAUUCUUUGAUUACACGAAACAACAUACUUAACACCCCAGGUUACCGAAUAAGGUUACGAGCGGUGCACUAACAUCUUUUACACUAUCAGAUACAUAUUCCCGACUCAGCUACUAAGGCUGACGGCGACAAACUAAGCACCGACUCCUGUAUAGUUAGUAAAGAUACUAACUGUAAUACGUGAUUUCGAGACCUAGAAGUCACAUUUUUCUAAGUCCACUGUUAAAAAGUUAUGCUAAUUUUCAGUUUAGAUAUUUUGUUGUUUCUUUACUUUAAAUCGCAUACACCACCAGGCACCUGCGCCUCACUGUAACUCGACGCUACCAUGGACACAAGAGAUACCACCAUGGCCUCUUCCAGGAAACAUUCACCUACCAUAGAUGCUAUAAAAAUACUCUCAUACAAUGUCCGGGGACUUAACUCUCCCGAAAAGAGAAAUAUGGCACUUAGGGACUUCCAUAGACUACAAGCUGAUGUAGUAUUCGUGCAAGAAAAGCACUUUAAGGGACCUACGGCACCUAAACUAUCCAAUAGGCAGUACCCCCACGCAUAUUACAACAAUUUCACACAUAGCAAAUCUCGCGGGGUUGCAAUUCUGAUAGGGGCCAAGAUACCAUUUGUAUACCACCAACACUUUGUGGAUGAAUCAGGCUGAUACGUUAUUCUUCAGUGAUUGAUUAGCAAUUUCCCUGUGACCCUGGUCAAUAUCUAUCUUCCUAACACACGACAAUGUCACACCUUCCGUAGAAUAUUGAACAAGGUUCAACAACUCACCCCAGGGACCUUAAUUAUAGGGGGCGACUUUAACCUAUCUAUAGAUGCCCAAAAGGACAGCACAGCACGACACCCUAACCAUCUACAAACGACUACUACACAGCCAUCAAUUGGUAGACUGUUGGAGAGCACUCCAUCCCACCACAAAAGAUUACACAUUUUACUCCAAACCGGCCUCGACCUACACAAGAAUAGACUUUUUCGUCACCACGCAUAGAGAUCUAUCACUAGUAACCUCGGCAGCAAUCGGCAAUAUCACUUGAUCCGGUCAUGCCCCGUUCAUAUACAACUUAAAAUUCCCUCCCUGGCUCAGGGUAAAGGCCAGUGAAAACUAAACACCACCAUUUUACAUGACGAGACAGCAAAACAGGCUAUUGCCAAAACCAUCUCCCAAUAUUUUCAAGACAAUAACACACAAGACACAACUCCCUUCCUCCAGUGGGAAGCACAUAAAUGUGUAGUAAGGGGGGAAUUAAUAAAAUGGGGUUCCUUUCUUAAAAAAAUGCAAAUUAAGAGACAGAGUUAUUGACGGACAUAAACUUAGAAGAGGCGCAUAAGAAAACCAUGUCUGAAUCUGAUCAUCGAAAACUUCUAUCCCUUAGGUCUGAACUAACCCUUUUGCUACAAUCAAAGGCUAAAAAAUCUCUGGUAUGGACUAAACAGUUAUUUUAUGCCCAAGGGAAUAGGUGUGGAAAAUUCCUAGCCAACGCACUAAAGCAUAGGCAGGAGAGAACGUACAUUCCCCAGAUUAAAACAGCAAAUAACAUCGUACAAUCAAACGGAGAGAUAGCAAAAACAUUUAGGGAGUUCUACCACUCAUUUUACAAUAUAACGAAGACCUCACAGGACAAGGACAUGAUCAAGGCAUACCUAAGUGAUAAAUUCGACAAAAUACUACCCCAAACACUGACCAGGUCCCUAGAUGAGCCCUUCACUCUCAACGAGCUCAUAUGCGCGGUCAAAACCACCCCUUCGGGCAAAAGUCCAGGCCCAGAUGGCUACUCGGCUACGUACUAUAAAACGUAUCUGAAGGAGCUAGGCCAACACCUACUAGAUGCAAUUAAUUCCAUAGGCCCUGACAAACCCAUCCCCAAACCAAGCCUGGAAGCCAAUAUCACUCUUAUCCACAAGGCCGGGAAGAACCCGGAUAUAUGCGGCAAUUACAGACCAAUCUCGUUAAUUAACGCAGAUAUAAAAAUCUUUACAAAGAUGCUGGCACUACAAUUAAAACCUAUGCUCCCAACCUUAAUCCACCCUGACCAGGCGGGAUUUGUCCACUCCAGGGAAGCCAAAGAUAACACCACAUAGAUCAUUGCCCUGAUUCAUGGAGCUCAUGGUAAUAAAGCUCCCUCCAUUAUGUUAGCUCUUGACGCGGAAAAAGCGUUCGACAGGGUGGACUGGAGUUUCCUCCUGUCGACGCUGGAAACGCUAGGCUUUGGGAAAAGGUGGAUGCAGUGGAUCCAAGCAAUCUACUCACCCAUAGGCAAGGCUAAAAAAUCAAUGGAAUACUGUCCGAUCCAUUCCAAAUAACAAACGGCACGAGACAGGGGUGCCCCCUGUCUCCGUUGCUAUUUAUUCUGGGAUUGGAACCUCUGCUAAAUGCGGUAAGGAACAGGCCGGGUGUAGAGGGAAUAAAGGUGGGUGAACACCAGUACAAAGUAUCUGCAUUUGCAGACGAUUUAUUAUUUACACUCACUAACCCCACCAAGUCCCUCCCCACACUGUUAGACCUCUUGGAUGAAUACAGUGCCUUAUCCAACUUCAAAAUAAAUGUCAACAAAUGUGAAAAACUGAACCUUACAUUACCAGAUAAGGACAAAGCACGACUACAAACACGAUAUUCAUUUCAAUGGGCAACAAAGUCCAUCAAAUAUUUAGGAGUCAAUAUAACUUCCCACAAUAAGCUAUUAUAUGGAGCUAAUUUCCCACAAAUCUUAGGAGCUAUUAGUGCGUGUGACGAAAUGCCUUUUGUCCCUGGAUUGUUAGGUGACAAGCUGCCCUUUGCCCCCGGCUUUUGGAGGAGCCUGAUUGCCAGCCUCCUUCCUCAUGACUAUGGCCCUGGGGUGUAUUACCAUUUAAAAAAGACUAUUUGGGGCUUAUUGGCUUCUAAAGACAGUUUCUUCCCAUUGGAAUCCAUGGGAAGGUGUGUUUCUUCCCCUCCCCCGUUUCCUGUCUAUUGUUCACCUAGAUUGGGCGCUCAGAUCCGAGCUAUCUGGGGAUAGGUUAAAUGUGGGGGUUCUGUGUAAUAAAAUAAGAAUUAUGUAUUUUUAUGUACUUUUACGUAUUUUUGUUGUUAGUGUUAAAUGUAGAUAUUUUCUGUACCUGGAGAUAAUUGAGUUUACUGCAGUGCCUUAAGCCAAUUAUCUCCAGGAUGGAGAGGAGGGAUUUCAUUGUGUAUGUGAGAGUGUUAUCAUGUUAAUUAGUGUUCCCAUUGGUUUGUGUCCCUUUUGUCACAGUUUACCACCAGGUCCAGGGGUGUGCCUCUGACCUGAAAACUUGUAUAUAAGCAGUAAUAAACGCUCAUUGGAGUCAGAUCAUCUUGUACCUUCAUGAAGUUUCGGCUCAUGUUUGGGGGAUUGGAGAAACUACACUCUGGGGAUUGCUAUAAUCACUAUACUCCCCAGGGUAUAAUCACUAAGCUCUGCUAAGAGCUUGUUCCUGUUCCUGCUCUCUGGAAUUCGGAGAGAGGUCGACCUGCUGGAAGCUGGACCCUGGUCCUGGGUCCAGAGUGGGUGGAGACGGCGAGACCCCAACCAAGCUGCGGCGGUUCGUGGGGUCUGCAGUGGUUAUGGUGUCAGGCAGAGUGCUUGGAGUCCUCGAAAAGCACUAGGAGCAUCCGUCGGCGGAAGGUACCCGGUCGGGGUGCCAGCGGUUCCGUUACAGUGCGUAUCUGGAAACCUGGAAUAAACCACACUUCAGAUGGUUUGGGAGGGUAAAUAUCCUAAAAAUGAAUAUACUCCCCAGACUGCUAUACCUACUGAACACUCUCCCCAUCGCCAUCCCAAGAACCUUUUUUAAGAAGAUUCAGUCAUUAUUUACACAAUUUAUAUGGGCCAAAAGACGCCCAAGAAUAAGAUACAAUAUACUCACUAGACCUAAGGAGAUGGGGGGGUGGGCCUGCCGGACAUCUGGCUGUACUACCAGGCAAUACACGUAGGCCGUAUUAUAGACUGGUCCUACCAAAACACUUUCAAAGGGUGGGUCACAAUAGAGCAAGCUCAGAUAGGUGAAUCAUUGAAGACAAUACCAUGGCUUCUGACCUCAGUUAAUGACUGGACGACACCACCACACCUGACGGUAACACACCAACUCUACAAAUAUGGAAAAAAGUACACAAUUUCCCAGACAUAGCCCCAGCACCGUCUCCAAAAUACCCUAUAACAAACAAACCCCUUUUUAUAGCAGGGAAAAGGGGUUUCCAACUGACAUCACAGGGAGGUGAACAAAAGAAGGCAAAUAUUACACUGGACGAGGUGGUGACAGAGGGGGGAUUGACCUCAAUCACACUACUGACAGAAGGGAAAGACUCACUUAUGCAGAGAUUUCAGUAUGAACAAAUGCUGUCAAUCUAGUGAUAGACACGUCCGUACCCUUCAACCCAGAGGCACUCCUCUUAUACCAUUUCAAAAUACCACACCGUAAAUUCAAACACUCCCUCGUCUACUUUAUGCUGACAGCGGCAAAAAGCUCAAUAGUGUAUCACUGGAAAUCGGCGAUUCCGCCCUCUAAAAAAGAUUGGUAUCAAAGAAUAGAACAUUUCCAUGAGAUGGAGGAACUCAGAUGGGGAUCUCUAGACAAAUAUCACAGAUACAAAGACAUAUGGCAACCCUGGAAAGAAUUAUUGAGAGGUAGACAGGCUGAAGACUAAAAACCACCACAUCCGACCAAAGGGGGGGAAGCAAUCCAGAAAGAGGACAGGGAAUAAGGCUUGGGGAGUGGGGAACAUGGGAUGUCUUCCCCUCCUUUUCCCAACAAUUAAACUACCUAGAUAUAAUAGGCUUAAGACACGGUGAUACCCAGAACAAACACAACAUAAUUCUUUGAUACGAAAUAAAUCACACACACACACACACAGGAAUUAAAGGACAAUGUUGAAUGUUUAUCAUGACUGAUAUGAAAGCAAUGUGUAAUCUAGGCCAAACACAACUGUUACUGAGAAUGUAAUACCUGUAUACAGGGGUGCGAUGUUGCUAUAUCUUUCUUUUUCUUUCUUCUUAACACUAUGUUUUAUGUUAUUCCAAUGUUAUAAUACAAUGUCAUACUCUGUUCUUGAAAUAUGGAGAAAUCCAUACAAAAAAAAAUCCAUACAAAAAAAAAAUCCAACAAAAAUAAAAUAUAUAUAUAUAUAAAAAAAAAAAAAAAGUAUAACCUCCUCCGAUCCUCACAUUAUUUCUACUUACAACUAAAAUCUUUCCUAACUAGACAUCUUAGGAUGGGCACCACCCACUCUCAACUGCUACAAUUACAAAAUGGGAACAAUUGUGUGUAAAUUAAAAGAUGCAUCCUUUAUGUAAACCGAUCUGCAUGUGCUACAAACGUGUCUCAGACCACAUCACAUUCCCAGAAUCUAAUCCUGCAAAGCAAUGGCACACUGAUCUACAAUACACACUCUCCCAGAAGCAAUGGGAAAACAUUUCUAAAUUGAAUCACAAACUGAUAAAAUCAGCUGCUCUUAAUAAACCAAAUUUUAAGACCGUGUUCCGUUGGUAAUUGGCACCCAGCAGGCUGCAUAAGAUAUUGCCCCAAACAGCCGCCACAUGUUGGCGCUGUGAAACUGAGGAAGGCUCUUGCCUACAUGCAGACCUCACAAACUUUUGGAAGAAGAUUAAUCACCUUAUUUCUAAAAAAAAUGUGGAGCUCCCUAUAUCCUUCUCACCAAAGACCUAUCUCCUCCUUGAUUUACCCAAUUCCGUGCCAUGCAAAGUAGUAAAACUAAUUAUGAACAUUGCGCUCACAGCCCAACGCUAUAUUGCCAGGGAAUGGAAAUCCUAAACACCUUUCCUUGUGAACCUCUCAGUAGAACUUGACAAACCAGGCUCUUAUGAGCGUCAAUUCCCAAAUCUUUUCCCCCCAAAAAACUCAUAUAAAAUAUGUUGUCGACAUGGGACACAUGAAGAUCAGGUUCCAAGAGCUGAAGAUCUGUAAUAUCAAUAAAUGUGAUGUGUCUGCUAUGUGACAAGUUACCCUGGAAAUUGGUGACUCACGCCACUGGGCAAUCGCCAGAUAUUCUAUGGGAACUUACGCAGGGUUAGGCAUCUGAAUACAUACUCCUAUGCCACCUAGAGUACUAUUAUACACUGUUACCCGAGACGUUCUCAUGGAUCCCUCGAUAAAACUAUACAACUCAAAAAGAAUGUAGGAGAAAUCACUUAGCCACAGCACCCUUAGCAAACGCCUGGUUUUCCUACCCACACCCCUUAUCAUGUAACUGUAUGUAUGCUGUCAACAUGCAAUAUGUACCUGCUCACAUAUACCCGAUCUAUAUGCUCGAGUUAUGUACCCAGUGGUAUUGCAUACAUGUGCUAAUUCGCACCUUUUACACUUCCUCCCUCCCCCUCCUUUUUUCCCUUUCUUUGCCCCCACCCCACCCCACCCUGAGCUGUGGGUGGGGGCCCUAAAAGAUAAUGGGGGCGGGACCUAUUGUCCUCCCCCCCCACCCCUGAGCGGUGGGUGCGGGCCCUAAAUGAAAAUUCCCCCCACCCCCCAAUCAAGGUGACUAGGCCUUAGUCACCCCCCCCACCCAAAUAAAAAGUUACCCCCUACAUACCUCCCUUACCCUAAAAAUAGUGAGGGGGGGAAUAAAAUAAUUAACCUGUAAAGAAAUACCAUUUGACGUCUUCUUUUUUUCUUAAAUCUUCAUUUUUCAGCCCCCAAAAAGGCCAAAUAAAAAAACAUCCUACUCGAACGUAAAAUAAAAAGCCCGAGCGCAAAAAAAAAACCUGAUGAAAAAGAAAAAAAAGACUGUAAAUUUUUUAUCAAUCUUCAGGCGGGCACGGCGUAGCCUGAGCUCCGCAGGGCGGGGUAAGGCUUAUAAAGCCUUGCCCCACCCUGAAAUUAGGCUGUAGACACUCUGAUUGGUUGGUCUAAGCCAAUCAGAGUGCUCUUUGUCAUUUUACACAGCGUGGGAAAAUUCCAAAGAACUUUCCCACGUCUUUCUGACGAAUGAAUAGAUGAAAUUCCCAUCCGCAUGCCCAACUGGGCAUGUGCGGGAAUUUCACAGCGCUAUCUAGUGUGGGUAGAUGACGUGUCCCACAGUGACUACCUCUACCCACAUAAAGAUGGCGGCGCAAAUCGGGGCAGAAAAUAAAGUUUCAAAAUAGGUAAAAUGGAGGGCUUAGGGGCAUUUGGGGGUGAUUAGAGGGUCAGUUAGAUUUAAAAAAAAAAAAAGGCAUUCGGCCAUGACAGUGACGCUUUAAGUAACCACCUGAGACAUCUAUAGCUAGCCUGGUAAGUCCACUGCAGUUAAGAAAAUGUUCUAAUUUUAAGUGUUUUCUUUCCAGUAGAUGGUUCCAUAAACAGAAAUGAAAUCAGUGGAUUGUACACUUCAGUUUCUUCUCCGGAUUAUGUAACCGAAGAUAACGAAAUCACAUGUAAUCAAAAAAUAAACUGCGUGGCAAUCAGUACACCAGGCAGUAAAUCUUUGAGUCAUGAAACUACAGAAUCCGAGGAAGUAAAUCUCAGAGACAUGAAUACGCCCAUAGAACAUAAACAGACUGAAGAUCCAUCUACUCAUAUUAAGGAGGAACCAGACUCGUGUGAGGAAGGAAAUCUCCCAGACACAGACAUUUAUACACCUGCAGAAGAUGCACAGAUAAAAUAUCCAUCGACUUAUAUCAAGGAGGAAUCUGUCUCAUUGGAAGAAACAAAUGUUGCCGAAGCUGCCAUUUAUACAAUCAAUAGAGAUAUACAAAUGGACUAUACAUCAAAGUGUGAAUCAGCAGCAAAAGAAAAUCAAAUUCUCAUAAGCAAUAAUAUUUAUACAGGCACAGAACAUACAGAGGCAGAAUAUCUACCUAACCUUAUUAAGGAAGAAUCUGCAUCACCUGAAGCCAGCACUCUAACCAGCUCCGAGGUUUAUACACCCACAGGAGAUAAACAGAUGGACUAUACAUCAAAUAAUGAAUCCGCAUCACACAAACAAGGAAAUCUCAGGGAAUCUGACAUUUAUACACCCAAAGAAUAUACACAGACAGAGUAUCUAUCUACUCAUGUUAAGGAAGAAUCAGCUUCAUAUCAAGAUGGAAAUCUCACCAUCUUAGACCUUCUUACCCCCACUCAUCAUACUGAAGCACAAAACAAAGGAAAUGGUAACUGUGUUGAUGGUGCUAAGGUUUCAUUUACCAAUUCAGAGCUUGUUAAACAUAAGCGUGUCAAUAAAGGAAAUACUUUGACCAGCACAGAUUACAUUGAACAUGAGUGUUUUAAGCAGAAACCACAUUUUAUCACUCGUAAGAGAGCUCCAAAAGAAGAGAAUAUAAUUUCUUGUUCUGAAUGUGGGAAAUGUUUUGCUAAAAUGUCAUAUCUUAGGGUACAUAUGAGGAUUCACACAGGAGAAAAAACAUUUUCAUGUUCUGAAUGUGGGAAAUAUUUCACUGAUAUUUCAACUCUUAAGACUCAUCAAAUGAGUCACACAGGAGAGAAACCAUUUUCUUGUUCUGCGUGUGGGAAAUGUUUUGCUCACAAGUCAAAUCUUAAGGCACAUCAGAGGAUUCACACAGGAGAGAAACCAUUUUCAUGUUCUGAAUGCAAGAAAUGUUUUACUCAUAUGUCAACUCUUAAGAAACAUCAGAGGAUUCACACUGGAGAGAAACCAUUUUCUUGUUCUGAAUGCAAGAAAUGUUUUACUCAAUUGUCAACUUUUCAGAAACAUCACAGGAUUCACACAAGAGAGAAACCAUUUUUCUGUUUUGAAUGUGGGGAACACUUUCCUGAAAUGUCAAAUCUUAAGAAGCAUAUGAAGAUUCAUUCAGCUGAGAAACCAUUUUCUUGUGCUGAAUGUGGGAAAUGUUUCAGACAGAGUUCAAAUCUUCACUCACAUAAGGUGAUUCAUACAAGAAUGCAUCCUCUUGUUUAGAACAGAAAAAUCUUUUUUGUAAACUUAAGACUUCUUAUAUGUCAGAGGAUUUAUACAGAUUGUAGUAAACGUAUGGAAUUAAUAAUUAAAAGAAUAAUUCCACACUCCUUGCUUUCGGCCAUUCAAUAAUAUUUAUUAAGAAAGGCGUAUCAAACAAAUAAAC